CCUGGUAAGCAGUUCGGGGACUCGACACCGCCUCCCCCGAGAGAUGAUUUUUGUGGGCCGAGAGGACUGCGAGCUGAUGCUUCAGUCUCGCAGUGUGGACAAACAGCAUGCUGUCAUCAACUACAACCCGACCACUGAUGAACACCUGGUGAAGGACCUGGGCAGCCUCAAUGGGACAUUUGUAAACGACCUUCGGAUUCCUGAUCAGACCUACAUCACCCUCAAACUGUCCGACAUCAUCCGCUUCGGAUACGAUUCUCACGUCUACGUUCUGGAGAAAAGUCAACACAAAGUCCCAGAGGAGGCCCUAAAGCAUGAGAAGUACAGCAGUCAGCUGCAGAUGAGCCUAAAGCCUUCAGAGGGGAAGAAGAGCGACGUGGACGAGCGGGCGAGAGGCGAGAAAGCGCAGAGUACCAAGAGCCUCACACAGGAGGCGCCGGUGUGUCGGCCCACUCCUUUGUAUGGCCAGCCUUCCUGGUGGGGAGAGGAGGAUUAUGGGAGUAAAGUCCAAACCAGCGAUGAGCCACAUUCAGAUGUUCAGAAAGACGCUCCCUCUGCAGAUCCAGAAUUUUCUGCAUCGCUGUCAGACUGUCAGCCAAAGUCCGCCUUCCCUUCGUACCACCGUGAGCCGAGCUACUUUGAGAUCCCCACCAAGGACUUCCAGCACCCUAAGUCCUCAGGCGCGGAGCUCCAUGAGAUCCCCACCAAGGACACUGACACGCCCCCGGCCCCACUCUCGCCUCCCACUCCGACUCCACCUGUCGUUCAGAGCCAUGCCUCCUUUACCAUUGAGUUUGAUGAUUGCAUGCCUGGGAAGAUCAAGAUUAAAGACCACAUCACCAAGUUCUCCACUCGCCAGAGGAAGCUGCAGGCUACACCCACCAAGACAGCCAUCAUGGCCACACCUGCAGAGGUGAUGUCAGCAGAGAGCAAGGUGGCUGACUGGCUGGUCCACAGUGAUGUAAGCAUGAUGAAGAGACGCCCACCGUCUGAAGACGUUUACAGCACCAAGAGUGACCUUGCCAUGAAUAUCAAGACCCUGAAAGGUCACCAUCAUGAGGAUGGGACCCAGAGUGACUCAGAGGACCCAGUUCUCAAAGGAAGGAGUAAAUCCCACCACUCGGUCCGCACUGAGCACUCUAUGCAAUCAGAGCUGUCCCAGGCGUCGCAGCAGGUCAUCCAAUCAGGCCAGUCCAUCCAUAGUCAGCUACACCAACCACUGCAGCAUGCUCCACCCAGACCGGCCUCUGCCUCACCCGUGGCCCCUGAGAGACCCCUGUCCCAGAGUCCUCCUAAAGCUCUGUCACCCACCGAAUUUCCCAAACAGGCGCCCCCCGAGCACCUCACUCAGCAAGCUUUCAUCAUUGAGUUCUUUGAUGACAACCCACGCAAGAAGCGCUCUCAGUCCUUCACCCACAACCCCGCCCAUGCUGACUCGUACUCCACACUCAGAGCCAAGUUGGAGCGGCGGAAAGGCGGCGAGAGGCCAGCAUCUGUGCACGGCCUCAUCCCUCCCACACAGCAGGUGACGGUUCCUCUGAAGAGUCAGAGCCAUGGUGGCCCUCAGAGGUCAAGCUCUCUGAAGAGAGAAAAGACUGAGGGGGAGGCGGCUUCGUCGGCUUCCUCGUCUCGCUCCUCAUCGGGCAUCAUCAUCCGACCUUUCGGCAGCGUUGGGAAGAAGUCAAAGCUUGCCCAGGAGUUUGCUGCUGAAUUCCUGAAGGAUUCGGGUCGUAAUGACUCCUCCCCAACCAGGGAUAAGACAACUCCUCCACCAAUGUCUGCACCUCCUGUGAUGAUAUCGCCUCAUCAUACAAGGAUCCUCUCCACACAAGAACCUCCAGCUCCAUCUUCUGUCUCCUACCCUGCCUCCCCAUUACAGCCUCCAGCAAUCUCAAAGACCCCAGUCCCAGUCAACAUUCCAGGCCCAGCUGCCGCUCCGGUACAUCAGUCUGGACCUCCCUUCUCCACCAUGCCGCCCAUGGCCGUCAGUGGAGGAGAUGUCAAAGGUACCCAGAGGAUGGCCCGGAACGAGGAAGACGACAGCUUGAGCGAUGCUGGGACCUACACCAUUGAGACGGAGUCGCAGGACAAAGAGGUGGAAGAGGCUCGUAACAUGAUCGAUCAGGUGUUUGGUGUCCUCGAUUCUCCAGAGUACAGUGGUGUGAACACUGGUGUGUAUAGACCUGUGAUAAAUGAUGGAAAGGAUGAGCAUGCUAACCUGCCUACUGAUGGUAGCACUGUGGACUCACUGCAUGGCUUUAUCCCAUCUUCUAUCAGCGGCCCUUCAACAGGCCCCAUACAGGUUCCAGCUGCUCAUGCUGCAUGUCUGGAAGGCCCUAAGUGGGUUUCACGUUGGGCCAGUCUAGCAGACAGCUACGCCGAACCUGGUUCCACUCCACCUCAAGUAGAAUGUCUAGAAGAUUCACGUCUCAUGAGCCCUUCGAUGGGAAACUACAGCUACGACAACUCUGAGUCAGAGUCCAGCCACAGCUCCAGGACAAGAAGGCUGCUGCCCCAAGUGCCUCCAGAAAAGCUAGACGGUGUCACCCCAAGCAUCAUGAUUCGCCAUGAAUCUUACCAAAGCCAAGAACCUCUGGACAGAGCCUUUGGUCCCUCCCACUCAGUUGACUCCACCCAGCGCCUGUCCGUUCAGGAUGAUGUGGACCCAGACAGCCUGAGUGAUGCCAGUCGCUCAGAUGAUGGACCUGUUCAAGAGAAGAUGAGGACAAAUCAGGUCAAGACUGCAUUUGUAUCUCCAGUGAUCACUGGUCCUCAGCUUAGAGGUCAGGAGAAAGUGUCUCCAUCCUCCAAAUCCACCUGCUUCUACAUUGGUUCAGAAGACCAUCCCAGCAAACCUGAGCAAGCCCAGAGCCCAGUACAGUCUGAGAAGACAAGAGACCCCCCAGCAAAAACUCCCCCUACCACUGUCCUGAUCCGACAUCUGAGUGGAUACGAACCCAAGAGGACGGGAGUCAAACCCAACAGCUCUGCUCCAAACCUCCAAACACAGGACAAAGAUUCAGUUCCAACCAAAGACAGUUGCACAUCAUCCUUCAUCCGUCAGGAGAGUUUCACCAAAGACCAGCCCAGUGACACUGUCCAGAUGAAGAAGCUUCCCCACAUCUCCAGCCACCCAUCCAUCAGAGACAUGGAGCAGAGGCAGGAGAACAUCCAGGACACACAGUCCUUCCUUCAGGAAGGAACUCUAUCCUCUCUGGAUGCCAAGUUCCCCUCCUCUGGUUCAGGUCGCAGCUCAAAGAAGGAGGGUUCGUCCAGCCACAUGGACGACUCCCUGUCUGGUGAGUCAGAUGUUGACACGGCUAGCACGGUGAGUCAAGUGAGUAGCAAAAACACUCCAGUCAGCUCAACUUCUAAAAAGCACCCUCCCAUCAGCAGCCUUCAAAAGGAGAGGUCCUCUUCUAGUCCAUCCAUCCAAGAGAAGGGACAGCAGCUCAGUGCCCGUGAGCGACUUUCUGAGAAACGCCGAAACCAGAUCACUGCCAGUGCAGCAAAUAAGGCAGAGGCAGCGAAGCGCUUCCAGAUGCGCCGCAGUGCCGGGAAUCGUGGCUCUCUGGAUCUGUCUGAAGGCCAGCAGGGGUCUGGUCCGCAGUGGACCGAAACCCCAUCAUCUGAUCACGAAACGUCCCGUCCAUCCAGCCGCAGCAAAAAACUCAUUGCCCCUCUUCAGAAAGAAGACAAUGGGAAGAUGCCCAGGACGGCGACCCAGCAGGUUCUGACACGCUCCAACAGCCUGUCAGCGCCACGGCCGACCCGAGCCUCAAUGCUGCGGCGGGCACGUCUGGGUGAAGCUUCAGAUAACGAAGGUGCUGAGACUGACCGAGGCUCUCAGAAUUCUGACCAUAUUGCUGCAGCGCCCAAAGUGUCCACUGAGGGGAAGAAGCUGUCCAGGCUGGACAUCUUAGCGAUGCCCAGGAAGAGGACCAGCUCCUUCACCAACCCCAGCGAUACCGAGGCAUCCUCCACAGGACGGCCCACUUUCUCCAACCGGAACACAGAGGCUGUUGUCAGCACCAGGAAAACAUCGGCGGGUGACAACCGGCAGGCAGCUAGCAGAGGAGGCGGAGCUCCAGCGAAGCAACCUCUGACACGUACCCGUUCGAGCGGAGCCAAGUACGCCGGCAGCAGUUCCCGUCGCAGACAGAAGGGCUCGGACUUCUCUUCUUCCUCUGAUGAAGAAUACGAGACGAGUGGCAGUAUCUCCAGAGCCAAACGCUCCUCCCAUCCUUCCACCUCUGACCAGACGCCACACAGCCACCGGAUGCCCGCCACCAGGACCAAGUCUGUCUCCCUGGAAAUGGAGGAGGAUGAGGAUCAGAAUGACGUUGACCCGUACCAGAACUGGUCCACGCACAGCGCUGAGAUUGCAAAGCUCAGUCAGGACCUGGCUAAAGACUUGGCCAUCCUGGCGAAGGAAAUCCACGAUGUCGCUGGGGAUGGGGACUCGCCGAGCUCCAGCAUGGGCACCACCACGUCUCCCAGCUCGCUGCCCAACACGCCAGCCUCCACCAUCUCCGCCAGGGAGGAGACGCCAUCCUGUCCAUACUUAUGGGGGGUCCGACCAUCUCAGCUGGUCCAGCGUAUCCCUGAGGCCAGUUUAAACUACCAGAAGGUUCCUCCAGGUUCUGCUGCUGUCUCGGACCUGGACGCAAAUAUGAAUGAGCCAGAGACCAGUUCUAAGCAACGGCGUCCGUGGAACCGCGAAGAGGUGAUUCUGGACAACCUGAUGCUGAAUCCAGUGUCUCAGCUGUCUCAGGCCAUCCGGGAGAACACAGAGCAGCUGGCCGAGAAAAUGAAAGUUUUGUUCCAGAACAAGGCUGAGGUCUGGGAGGAGAUUGAGGCAAAGAUCAAUACUGAAAAUGAAGUCCCCAUCCUGAAGACCUCCAACAAGGAAAUUACCUCCAUUUUGAAAGAGCUGAGGAGAGUUCAGAGGCAGCUUGAAGUUAUAAACACGAUUGUGGAGCCUGAUGGCGGUCUUCAGGCAGCAGCCGGCGCAGCAUCCCUCAGUCAGACUCGACCAUCCACAAGGGAGAAGAAACCCAGCACCAAACCUCGCGGAGCCCCCAACACCAACGAAAGCACCAAACGACCGCCUCGUGGACCCGAUGGGGCCCACAACAUGGCCUGAGCAGGCCACUGUAGCACCUCUGGAAAGUAACUGUGCAUCCACCAGUCCCUGCCUCUGACUGUAACACCCAGAUCCACAACUCAGUGCUGACUUCAGCUGUAAAUGUGUGGUUGGAGGCUGGUGUGGGUUUGUGGCGGGCCUGUUUGAGGUCUGCCUCUAACUUAUCAUCCAUUCGCAGCAAGAAUGGAUAUUUACAAAGCUUCUGACAAAUGCCGUGCAUCAGUGGAAUUUUUGGUCUGAAUUUAUUGGUUUCCAACCCAGAGUUUGGUUGACGUUGGUUUCCAACGUCAGAGCGAUGUGAUGAGGUGAUGAUCUCGGUGUCCCACAGGUCAUAGUUGUGAACUUUCAAGGAUGCAAAUUUUAAGUGAAAUGCUGCUGUGGACCAGAACCACAUGCAUCGUUUCUAGCAGACUCCUCUCACAUGAAUCCUUGCCUGUAAAUACUGCAGCUGUGAACAGACCUCAAACACGCCCCUUCCCUGUCUACAGGGAGCAGCUCAGUCAUGCUCCUUCCGGCUGUUACCGUGACGACCUGUCUCCGGUGUGUGUUUGUUAGGGUGGAGGAGCUGCGGCGUGUGGAUGCACUGAAACUGUCCAGAACUAACUCUCAUUCGUGGUCAGUGUAUAUCUGUAGAACUGCUUCCACUUUGCACAAGCUCAGCAAACGUAGUCAAAGCUCCAUAAUGAAGCAGCCGCUCGCGCCACCGUAGUACGUGGAUGAUGUACAAACAUAUACCGAUAAACUUUGUGCUUUGAUAAUCUGUUGUUGCGUUGCAUUUGAACAGAUAGAUUGUGUUGCUGUUUUUAUGUCUGUAUUUAUGAAGAGAAAGCCGUAGCUUCCUGUGGGCUGUGCAGACAGGAAACGGAACCCUGAGCUCAGCUGUAGAAGAGAAAACUAUGUAAUGUUGUGUUUCCUGAAUGUUUGGGUGCUCCGCUGCAAUGACGCUCAGCCUCAUUUUCUUUUGCCAUCUUGCCGUAAUUGUGCAUUAGCUUUGAAGCUGUGUCAGGUUAUGCUGAAUGAACAGACUUGUGCUGGUCCCUGAACGCAUCGCCUUUCUACCUAAAUUGAAAGAAAUGCGAGACCAGACUCAGCUCUGUUUGGCACACUGGAUUCUGAUAGAAAGGCUCGCCCCUUAACAUAGUUCAGGGUCAUGUGAAACAAAGGAACGCUGAGGUGUUCUCCACAAGUUCUGCCUCACUUAAUUAUGACACCUCAUGUGUUUCUGGUAAUGAAAUGAGCUGUAAGGCUGACACGCCGAGCUCUAAUCGCAGACCGCAGAUGUCUGUGGAAGCAAAGCUGCAGCUCUGAUCAGAACAAGCCACUGUCCAUUUGCCCCGUCCUGAUCUGUGAGGGCUCAGAGAGUCCAGUUUGACAGCGUUAUGUCAUGAGCACAGGCUGUAUUCCUGAUGAUGAAGUGUGGACUCAUCAGCUGAGAAAAAACUCGACAAUUAAUUUUUUUCUUUUCGAAGCUGCUCUGUCAGAGAAGCUGCAGACUUGGUUCCAGAGUUCAGGACUGACACUCUCCAAUUGAUGAACAGCUCGUGUCCUUUAUAUCCUCGUUUCAGCUGACUCUGCUUGCUGAGUUCUGCUCAUCUGUGAGCAGCAUGAGCUGCUGGAUCAGGCUCACCUGUGAUACAUCUGUGUGUUGUGGACUUGACUGUGUAACUCCAUUCAUCUGGAGUGUUUCUGAUCUUUGAAUUUCUUGUAAAUUUCUUGUUCGGCUGCGUUAGAAAAGUUUAUAUGAAGAAAGUAUUUAGAGUUUUACCUGUGAGAGCACUGCCUGCUCUCAGAGAGGCGGAGCGUGUGUGUGUGUGUGUUUUUUUGUUUAAGCAUCUGUGUGGGUAGAAGCCGGUUGUUGAGCGCGCUCAGUGAAACCCUCUUGAGCGAUUAGCCUAGCUUAGCACAAACCCUGGAAGCAGAGGGAAAGUGUUAGCAUAGCUCCACAGGAGGAAGUUUGCUGUGUGAAGACAUCAUCAGUGGGCGGGGCACACAUGGCAUGCCAGGAGCUCAUUUGCGUUGAGAGGACAGCAGACCCAGCCAAUCAUCGUCCAGCUGCGACUCUCAGGACCAGUGCAGGCGAGUGGCAGGCAGGUGAUGUAUUAGACGGGUCUGUGUGAGUCCAGGAUUUAUCCAGCCGCAGAGCUGUCCUGCACCUCUUCAGGAGGAAUUUGCCUCAACACACCGUUAGUGGGUGUGGUCUGUAGAGAGGGUGAACAGUUUAAGCUAGGCUCACAUCAGCUUGUGAACUGAGAGAGCUGAGAAAAAGAGGACUUCACUGAAUCUGCUGGAAUGUGCGUGUCUGAAGAAGCUGGACUUUUAUUUUGUAAGGUGCAUGUUUCCUGUAGCUUGCGGCAGGUGAGAGUUUGAGGCUGAGUCACCAAAUGUGCACUUUUUCAUUGCCGAACGCCUGUGAGGGCAGCUGGAGCUGAGCUUUGUUUGCUCGUGGUGUUUUGGCGCAGCCUUCCAGAAUGUACCGAUUCAUCGCCGCCCACAGCAGACACCUGAUUGGCCAUUGCUGUGAUGAUGUAACUGCUGCUGCUACAGGUCAUUUGGGCUACCUGCCUUUGUGUUUUACUUUUGUUACAGUGCAUGCGGCUGAGAAGCAGCCAGGCUGUAGAAACGUGUGCUCACGUCUCAUCGACCGUUUCACAUGUCUGACGGUCCUGCGGCCGCCCACGGCCUUUAUGUCCACAUAUCCGAAGCGUCACGCGUCAUCAUGACGGGAUUUCUUUUAUCAUCAUGUCAUUUGUAAUAAACUGAUCUCAUGCA